AUGUUGGAAGAAUCCAGAAUGGACAAAAAGUCUAUAAAUCGUUCUACUAUACAACAGUCGAGGGCUGUAGCCAUCGACUGUAAGAAAAGUACGGAAUUGACUCAUAAACCUUGGCCGCGAAAUAACAAGAAACGUGAAGGAUCUGGCAGUGUACCCAAAAACGAACCUUAUCGCAAAAAUGUACCAUCACAAAGGGGUAGAGGUCAAAUGGAUAAGCGCCCGCGCGCCCGUGGUACCACCAAUUUCGCUUUGGGUGGAACGCAGAACACCGGGCUAGAAGAAGAAGAAGAGCCUGAAAUAGGCUCAGUGUUUACUCCUGGAAGCAAAAAGCAAAACUUGAAUCACUUGCUGAAUUUUAUGUACCCCUCCCGAAGUAAUCCAGAGAGGAGAGGACAAGCUCCAAGGCGUCAAGUCCAACAAUGGGUCUCCUAUAAAAAUCAACAUGAUCUCUACCUUCGAGCCUACUGCCAGUUCAUAGUCAAAGAAGAUGGAGAUUAUAAAGUGAAUUUAUUGGAUCCUGACUUGCCACUUAAGUGGGAGCAGAUUGAAGAAAUUGUGGUGAGAAGUACCGGCAGAUCAGAAUGCCCCAUAUGCCUUGGGGCUCCUGUUGCAGGGCGAGUUGGUCACUGUGGUCAUGUCUAUUGUUGGGCAUGCAUUCUGCAUUACUCUGCAACACAUGAAAAGCAACCACCACCAUGUCCUGUUUGUUCUAUGUCAUUGCAAGUUUCCGAUAUGAAGCCAACUCGCAUGGUGCAGUGGGAGUCCCCUGCAGAUGAGGUUUCUAUGCGCCUUGUUCGACGUCUCCGUGGCUCUACUGUUGUGGAAGUGGCGCCACCCCGCGGUCAGUUGAAGGAUGUCGAGACAUCUAUUUUGCCCUUGGAAGCCCUUAAUGUGUCUCCAUAUGCUAAAUUGUUCUCAGCAACAAAACAACAGGUGAUGGACAUUUUGGACAGAGAUAGAAAGCAAAUUGAAACACAAAUUUUGGCUGAAUUUGACACUUCUGAAAUCGUUUAUUUAGAACAGGCAUUGGAACUGCUUAAGUUGAAGGAGGACAAAAUCAAAAUACAAUAUGAAAAACCCAAAAUUGAUUGUGAAAGUACAGAGCAGGUUGUGCCAACUGUUUUCGAAAAAAAAGAAAUGAACAAGAUCAAACUUGAUUGGUUUGAUGUAACCGACGAAGGAGCGGCAUGUUUGGAGUCGAUUGACAGUAAAAUGGAAUCUUUAAAUAUAAACGUGCAAUCUAAUUUAAAUCCAGAAGCCAAAGCUUUUGAAUGUGAACUUGAUGAUAACAUAGUGGAAGAAUUUCCACUUAUUGAAAGUCCCACAGAGGAAAAUAUUCUAUCUGACGAGUCAAUUUUUGCAGAUAUUGACAAACAAAAUCAAACUAAAUAUUUUUAUUUCUAUCAAGCUGAAGACGGUCAACAAGUAUUUCUAAAUAGCUUAAAUGUGCGUAUAUUGAAUGCGUCGUGGGGAGCCCUCGCCGCCGCGCCGAGUGUCAUUCGUGGUCGAGUGUUACAUCGCGACACCUAUUCCCUUAAUGAACAAACUAGAAAGCAUACACCAUACACUGCUCACUUGCCAUUGCAUUGCUCAUUUGAUAUAGUGGAGCUUGAUCUGAAACCACCUUAUGUGACCAAUGAAGCACUUGAAAAUUUUGCAGCGGAACUGGACCGUCGAGCUCGAAUACGAGCAAAACAUGAACGCGAAGAGCGUCGCCGUGAACGCGCCUAUCGUAGGCAAAUGGAAGGUCCACCAAAACCAGAUUUUUCAUCUGAACUAUUAUUCCCUCCGGCGCCGCCUAUUUAUGGUAGUCCACCGCUCACAGAAAUUUCUAUGCCAAGCUCGGAAACUCCAUCUUCAAUUGCGGUAUCACCAAGUGUAUCAGAACAAGAAAGCCCAUCUACAAGUACUGCUUCAUCUUCAGGAUUAUCUUUUGCUAAAAUGGCUAGCGCUAGUGGAACAUGGCGUGUACGUAAAACAGUAGCUCCACCACCGCCGCCCCCCACCAAUGAAGACGAAAUGUCUGGUCCUCGUGCCCUAGUACUAAGCGACGCAAUAGAGGCUGCUUUAUUGGCUACAAGCCCUACCGCUCAGCCAUCGGGCAAAAAGAACAAGAAGGCUAAACAAAAAGUACUCUUUGCCACUGGAAUGCAUCGUGCAUCU